GGAAAUAUUUCCGCAGUGAACAUCUUCUUUCGAAGCACAGCCUAUGAGCGCCAUGAGCAACAGAAGCAGCUGCAGACUGCUGAUUUGCUAUCGAAUAUUGCUGGAAGCAUGGGAUUGUUCCUCGGCAUGAGCACAGUGACUCUGCUCGAGAUUUUCAUUUAUUUGUUCAAAUCUGUCUGGGGUACGGUGAAUACGGAACGACAGAAGCAGUUCAUGGAAGCGAUGAUGGAAGAAGAGAACGAACGACGGCAGAGCCUCGUUAUUGUGGAAGAACCGCAUCGAAAGGUAGUG